AUGAACUAAAGAAGCUAACCUGAAAUUUUUACUUGAUUGCGAUUAUGAAAUAUAUCUUCAAGUGGACGCAGUUUGGCUAAUUAAAGCCUGUGUUAAUGUUGCAUUUUAAUAAUGGCACUAAACGAAGACAAGAAAAGUUUAAUUCAAGACUUUAAACUGGACCAAGACAACGAACUCCGCUUCGAAGUUGAAUCCAAAAAUGAAAAAGUCUACCUCACGUUAAAAAGCGGAAAAGCUGAAGUAUUCGGCACUGAAUUAGUAAAAGGUAAAACAUACGAAUUUACAUCUGGGGCUAAAGUUGCUGUGUAUACCUGGCAUGGCUGUACUAUUGAACUCAAAGGAAAAACCGAUGUGAGUUACGUGGCCAAAGAGACCCCAAUGGUAACUUAUUCGAACUGUCACGCGGCUUUGGAAUUCAUGCGAAUUGAAGCAGAGAAAGAGAAUAAAAAGGGCCCCACUGUGAUGCUUGUGGGGCCAAAUGACGUUGGUAAAUCCACUGUGUGUCGCAUUUUGCUUAAUUACGCCGUGAGGAUGGGACGGCGACCGAUUUUUGUCGAUCUCGAUGUCGGACAAGGGCAGAUUUCAAUUCCAGGAACCAUUGGUGCCUUACUUAUUGAAAGACCUGCAUCUAUUGAUGAAGGGUUUUCGCAAGAAGCCCCACUUGUGUACCACACUGGGCAUAAAUCACCACAACCGAAUAUCGCAUUAUAUUCCAUGUUAGUGACACAACUUGCAAACACAGUGAAAGACAGACUGGAAGUCAACAAAAAAACGAGGGCGUCUGGUGUAAUUAUCAAUACUUGUGGCUGGAUUAAGGGCACUGGAUAUAAACAAAUUCUACACUCAGCAAAAGCUUUUGAAGUUGAUGUAAUUUUAAUACUAGACCAGGAAAGACUUUACAAUGAGUUGGUGCGUGAUAUGCCAAAUUUUGUUAAAGUUAUAUUUUUACAAAAAAGUGGUGGUGUCGUCGAAAGAUCAAAAAGUGUUAGAUCAGAAGCGAGAGAUCAACGAAUUCGGGAAUAUUUCUAUGGAACUCCCAAAAAUUCAAUGUAUCCACACUCGUUUGACGUCAAGUGGAGUGAAAUUAAAAUUUAUAAAAUUGGGGCACCCGCUUUGCCAGAUUCGUGUCUGCCUUUGGGGAUGAAGGCAGAAGAUCAUCUAACAAAGUUAGUGCCAGUUACGCCAAACCCGGGGAUUUUGCACCAUCUGCUUGCAGUUAGUUUUUCAGAUGGAGAAGAUGAAGAUAUAAUUUCGUCACAUGUGGCCGGAUUUGUUUGUGUAACCAACGUGGACACGGAUCGACAAACAGUCACACUUUUGUCACCUCAACCGAAACCAUUGCCUAACAACAUACUUCUUCUGUCAGAGUUACAGUUCAUGGACAGUCACUAGUUGUAUUUGUCAUUUCAAUAUUAUGUAAUAAAAAUAUUCUAAUUUUU